CAUUUACUUACUUAAGUAAUCCUCUUGCUAUUUAUUUUCAUCUUUAGGCCUAUAUGUUUUCUAUUCUUUGUGAACUGUAUAUUCCUGAUUACGUGCUUGAUUUUUAUGUACAAAACCAUACCAAAUAUGACCGUAUGUUCGUACAUUAUUUGUAGAUUCUAAAAGAAAAAAAAAGAGAAAAGUUUCUACCAUAUGACCAGGUCACGUGAUUUUAAAAAUGCCAGUCAUAUGACAGGGUUGUUCUGCUUGUGCCCCCAGUUGAAGCGCAAUUGUGGUUUGUUGCCUUCCGGGGACGUUCGCCGCAUAUUACUGGCAGAACGUCUUGAACGUUUUUUUGUGGGAACAUUUUAUUUAAUUUGGGUGGAAAUAUCGCUCCCAAAUCCAGAGAAGUGUUUACAGCAGUGAGAAGAUGAGCUCCACGCGAAGGAUCGACGGCGUGGCACCGACGAGACGAGCUCUAGUUCUGGUUGCGUUUUCGCUGUUUGCGACUCGGUAUUUGUGUACUGCCUUCGGACAGAUUGACCCGCUGGUGUACGAUGAGCAGCUGCUGUGGGUGGGGGACGGGGCGGGGCAGGUGAACACCUACAGGAUCCCCCUGCUCACCUUCACCCCCCGGGGCAGCCUGCUGGCCUUCGCUGAGGCCCGAAAACUCACGGGACUCGCGCAGUCACGCAUGCGCUCACGACGCGCUACCUGGUCCCCCUCCUCCUUCAUCGUGGACGACGGGUCCCUGGCGGACGGGCUGAACCUGGGCUCGGUGGUGGUGGACGAGCAGCAGGGCUCGCUGAUCCUGGUCUACUCCGUCUGCUUCCACCGCUACCACUGCAGCCCCUCCAGCACCAUGAUGGUGCUGAGCCGGGACGAUGGCCUCACCUGGAGCCCCCCCCGGAACCUCUCCACCCAGCUGGGCGUCAAGAGCUUCGCCCCUGGCCCCGGAUACGGCAUCCAGAAACGCUACCCCCCCAACGUGGGGCGCCUGGUCGUGUGCGGUCACGGGACCCUGGACGGGAAUGGAUCGGGCGAGGACGACCGAGUACGCGCAUACUGAACCAGCAACCCAACAGCCCAGGAAGCCAGAUUCGACCCCGAUGAGUGCCAGCCAGUGGAGAUGGAGGAUGGCAGUAUCACCAUGGAUGGAGGAGGCAGCAUGUGCAACGUCAACGACAUUAAAUGGAUGUCAUGCGGGGUGGGGCUUCUACGGGGAGGGGCUAUGGGACUGUGGGCGGGGUUACUGUACUUCACCAACCCCGCCAACACGCACAGCAGGGUUAAUCUCACCCUCCGCUGGUCUCUGACCAACGGCUCAUCCUGGGAGAAGGAGGCGGUGCAGUUGUGGGCGGGGCCGAGCUGCUACUCUUCUAUGACAUCACUGGUGGGCGAGGCCAUUGAGGACAGGAAGUACAUCUACGUCAUCUACGAGAAGGGCCACAAGUCCUGCAUCGAGACCGUCUCCUUCGCCAAGAUACACCUGUACGGGGGCAGGUAGAGGGAGGGGUGGAGGGGUCCCUGUGCUAAAGGAUGGAUCAGACGUGCGAUGAGGUGCCCCUGCGCGACACUUUGUGUCUUUAAAAAAACAACAAAAACCCCACAUUUUCCACGCAUUAUUACAAAAACUGUGGCGAUUCAAACAAGCAGCCCGUAAAGAACUGGCAGGAGACAAUCUAGUUUAAGUGACCGAGCGCACCCCUUUGCUUGGGCCGCGAGCAGUCUGCUCCGAUUGGUGGGUUGAGGUCAUGUGCUCAGUGGCCCUCGCUUUCUGAUUGGGCUGAUCCAUUCCUCUUUCACAGCAGGAUUCCAGCAAACUGAAUGAGACGGAAGCUCUGUGUUUCCUUGUUUUUUUUUUUAACCUGGCACAUAACAAAAUGGGAAACUAUUAUGUUUUUUUCCUUACAUUUUUGAUUUAUGGUGUUUUUUUUCCAGCCACCAGCUUCAGGGAAGUGACUUCGAUGCCAUUUAUAAGACCAUGAAUAAUUUUUUUCACACAUCCUUUUUCAUAUUUGUCAUAUUCGGUAGUAUUUUUUUUAACAUAAAAACAGAAACCACUUGUUCUCAAAAAGCCUGGAUCAGAUAAAUAUUUGAGAUCUUUUAACUCUUUAGACAAGUGAUGGAGCUCUAAAAUGCAGUUUUAAAAUAAGCUUGUAUCGUUUUGCCAAUAUUCGGCACAAAACUCUUGAUUUCGCACAGCUGUACGAUUUCGGCAAGGCGACUUGUUUCAAAUUUAGGAAAUUCUCAGGGACCCGCGGGAGGGUUUUACAGAUUUUUACCCACAUCGAUCUAAAGUGUCUGAAAUACAAAUACAUUUUACCCAAGUUUGAUAACAACGGAAGGGAAAAAAAAAACAUUGUGUGAGCAAGCGGUGAGGAUGACGUUAGUGGUGCUUAUCUGUUUACACAUUUACCUAAAGGGCGUGGGGGGGGGGGGGCUCCUUGUAGGGGGCACUGUUCCACUGUUUGUCUAAGGAAAAGGUUUUAGGCACAUCGAGUAAAAUUCAUUUUGGUCUCGUCACCAGCAUUUUAGUGCAAACGGCAGCUUUCCCAGUUCGAACGUUCUUCUUCUGAAACGUCUGCAAGCCGCCAUGGCGCCCGCUCUUUGGCAAAGCUCUGGCUCGUAGGGCUUGUGUAAGAAUCGUUUUUUCACCCAUCCUCUCUCGUUUGUGCCAUCUAAUGGUCUAUGGUACCAUAGAUCAGGAUCAGGCUACUGGCAGUAAGAUAGGUGAGUUAGUAGGCCUUGUGACCUUCUCUCAGCUGAAGAUUUUGAAUGAUAAAAUUUCAUAAGGACUCCACUAUAAUCCAGUUCCAAAGGCGGAACAGGCGGCUGUGAAUAGAGAGGUCCGAUCUGGCACCACACCGGACAUCCUUUACGUUGGCCCGAUGGGUUUGCUGCCGCCGCCCGGUCAGAUCGUAGGGCGUACGCGUCCAUCGGCUGGAUAUGCGUCGGAUUUAUCUCCUUUGAGAUUCGCUGGCUCACACGCAAUUUGCACCUUUCAGGGAUUUGAUGCCACGGAUUUCACUUUUAUUUUUAAAAAAUAAAAUAAAAAUAAAUAAAAAAUAGCUAACUCAUCAUUGUAGAGUAAAUCAUGACAUCCAAAAUGCAAGGAUUAGGUUUUUCAAAAUUCAUGCCAUGUACAGAAUGUUUCCUUUCGUUCUUUACAAAGUAUGCAACUUUGCUCGUAUAUUAUGGGCUGUACCACACGUUUCACUGUAGGGUCUCUGAAACUUAAUACAAAUAUCAAAACAGGCAGUGGAAAUAAGUGAAGUAUUUUCCUCCAUGCAGUAUGCAAGACACUUUAGCAAAUAUGAAGGAUACAUUUCCAUGUAUUUUGGAUUUCAUGUUUUAAGCACACCUUUCCUCCCCGGGAAGGCAUGUGGGAGAGAGAUACCACUUUUUAGAAAUUUUUUUCAAAAUGCUUAGCAGUUUGAUUCAAUCCACCCUUUCCUGCAUGCAUCAUAAUAGCCAUACAAGUGCAUUUGCAAUAGCCUUGAAAUGUUAAAUGACAGAACGGUUUUAUGAAGGCAUAAAAUAAUUAUAAUUUUGACGUGCUACCAAACAGAAGUGGUAUCCAGCGUUCAGGGAAAGGUGUCCGCCUCCUCCUCUGUGAGGCAGCGAUACAGACUGUCUCUAAGAAGCAGACCUGAUCUGCUUGCUUCACUCGGGGAUAACCAUGGAGUGAAACGUUUUCACUCGCUGUUCUCGAAUGAAUUUACUAUUUACUAUUUUUUGGUGGUGGACAUUAAAAUCCUUCUUCGUACGUAAAGGGAAAUGUGUGUUGUUGCGUGUGUGUCCGUUUGUGUACACGGGUACAUGUGUGCAUAUGCUGUACGUGUAGUUUCUUUGUGUUACUACUUGGCUAUAUCUUGACGAUUUGCUUUUGUUCCAAAAUUUAUGUCCCCUUUUCAUUCAGUUGUCCUGAAAACUGAAUUUUUGGUAAUUUUCCAGUAGAGUCAGUGUCAAAUAACAAAAUAUGAAAACAAUAUUAACUAACAUGAGUAUCACUGAGACUUCAUAUCAGUGUAAGCUGGCAUAGUCUGUCAUUGAUCUGUUUGUAAUUCACUUGCAUUUGUUGUAUGAACUGAAGAACUCAACUUUGGAUCAUUUGGUAUCUUUCCAAUAUCUGUAAAUGAUGUAAAUAAUAAAUUACCUGUUUUCCUCAGCAAAAAAGGCAA